CGUAAAUGAGAAGGAUCAAUAUAUAAGUCAAGUACUCUUUGCAAAUUUCACACAAAACAGAGCAGAGAGCAAAACCCUCAAACACAAAGUAAGCAACAAUGGAGGGCGUCUCGUACCAGAGAUUCCCAAAGAUAAAAAUCCGUGAAGUUAAAGACGAUUUCAUGAAAUUCGAGCUCCGGGAAACCGACGCCAGUAUAGCCAACGCUCUCCGGCGUAUAAUGAUAGCUGAAGUACCUACUAUAGCUAUAGACCUAGUUGAAAUCGAGGUCAAUUCCUCUGUUCUCAACGAUGAGUUCAUUUCUCAUCGUUUAGGGCUUGUUCCGCUUACAAGUGAACGAGCGAUGAGCAUGCGCUUCUCACGUGACUGUGAUGCUUGUGAUGGUGAUGGACAAUGUGAGUACUGUUCGGUUGAGUUUUAUCUCCGGGUGAAAUGUCUUAGUGACCAGACGCUUGAUGUUACUAGUAAGGAUUUGUUGAGUUCUGACCAUACGGUUGUUCCUGUUGAUUACUCGGAUACUUCCUCCAGUUUCGAUAAUACUCCUAAUAAGGGAAUCAUAAUUGUGAAGCUACGACGUGGACAGGAGUUAAGGUUAAGAGCUAUAGCACGGAAAGGAAUUGGCAAAGAUCACGCGAAAUGGUCACCUGCAGCAACUGUGACUUUCAUGUAUGAACCAGAGAUCUACAUCAAUGAGGACAUGAUGGAAUCCUUGACUCUCGAGGAGAAAACAGAAUUAGUUGAGAGUAGUCCCACAAAAGUCUUUGGCAUUGACCCUGAAAACAAACAGGUUAUUGUCGUUGAUCCUGAGGCAUAUACUUAUGAUGAUGAGGUGCUCAAGAAAGCUGAAGCCAUGGGAAAACCUGGAGUGAUAGAGAUACAUGCCAAGGAAGAUAGCUUUAUUUUCACUGUUGAGACAACUGGCGCAGUCAAAGCUUCACAAUUGGUGCUCAAUGCAAUAGAAGUGCUGAAGCAGAAGUUGGAUGCAGUACGCCUUUCAGAUGACACCGUGGAAGCAGACGAUCAGUUUGGAGAGCUGGGCGCUCAUAUGCGUGGAGGUUAAAAACCUCAUUGGUUAAAAACCGUGAAAACUGUUCAUGUUUAAUAUAUCUCCUGUAACAAGACAUCCUUGAACUACUUACCCAUUUUCCCUUUAGGAACUUACCUCAACUGAUCAUGGAAACGUAGGUUUCUGUUUCGUUUAAGUACAUGUUUUUGUCCAUCAUCUUGUACUGAUACUGAACUUUCGUUGAAUUUCAUCUCGCAAUUGAUCAUCACUCCCCGUUUAUGGAUUUUGUUUUGA